ACAGCUAGCUAACGUUAGCUAGGUUAGAGGGGGUUAUUUGACGAAUGUGCGUAAGUUAAAGUGGCCAAUAAUUUAAAUGAAGGAGUCGCGCUAAGCAUAGGUGUCUAGAGGUCAUAUGGUAACUUUGUGUAUGAGAAUAUCUCAUUUUGUUUGGCAAGGGUCAGUGAUUUACUCUGAAAACGGAAAGGAUUCUAUCAACAUAAUGCUAGUGAGGCUGCUGAGAUGAACCCAGUAAAUGCCACCAGUCUUUACCUGUCUGCCUGUCGGUCAGUGCUGCAGUGUGACGCGGGGGACCCUGAGACAUAUGUUGAGCUUUACAGAGUUCUUCCUUUUUUUAGGGAUUCUCUCUCCUGCCUUGUGUGUGGGAAUUUGCUUCAGGAUCCCAUAGCGCCCAACACUUGCCAGCACUAUGUCUGCAAAGCCUGCAAAGGUAAAAAGAUGACAAUAAAGCCGGCUUGCAGCUGGUGCAAAGACUAUGACCAAUUUACAGAGAACAAACAGCUGGGCAUCCUGGUGGAGUGCUACAGAAAGCUCUGUGAGUACAUCUCCGAGUCGCCCUUGGUGGAGCAGAUCGCCAGCACCGCAGGCGGCUCACCGGAAAUCAUGUUCAUGCUGGAGGACGUCCUGGGAAUGAAACUGGAGCAGGAGAGCCCUGGUGUCCUGGACAUUCCCAGCCUGAUGCUGCCUCUGUCUUCAGCUGCGUCUGAGGGCCUCCCCCCCACCUCUCAGCUUGCUGAGCAGGCUGCAUCCUCACUGGAUGCCGAGGGGGCAGUGAAGGAGGAGCCGCUUGACCAUGCUAUUCAAGAUAACCACGCCAAAGCAGCAACAGCAGGAGCUGUUGUGGAGGUUUCGAGUUCAGUAUUGCCUGUGAACAUGGACGUUGUCACUGUACAGGAAUCCCCAGUUCCCAGAGAGCCCAGUUCGGGGACCUUCAGCAGUUUUAGUGACUCAAAACACAGCCACGAGCCUGUUUUAUUCAGUGUUGACGAGGCGCUGGAGAGCCUUGAGUCGGGCUGUCUAGAUGAGGACCUUCACGACGGGCUGCAGCGGGACCUGCUGAUGUCCGUCGGCCUGGCAUCGGGUCUGAGCGAGCCUCGGACCUCAUCACAACAGGACUCUCGGACGCUCACGUCCAGUCACUCCCAGAAACCACCGUCUGGAAUCUCCUGCUCGGCUGCAACGCCAAGAACGGCCCGGCUUCACCGCAAACGCUCCCACUCGGAGAGCGACAGCGAGAAGGUCAAGCCACUGCCUAUCGCCAGCUUUAUUGAAGAACCCCCUGUUGCAUCUCCAGCCCCUCUUACAGUAACACAUGAACCAAAUGACACUGUUCAGCCCUUUGCAAAAAUCCCCAGCGAUCGAGUGCUCCAAGUCAACAAGGCACUUCUGGACACCACUAAGAACAUACAGCAAAAUCUCGGGCAGAGCGUCAAGAACAUCUGCACCACGAAGACCACCAAAACAAAUAGGCCCAAGGACAAGACGAAGGACAGGCCUCUCUCUGGUAGUGUUACGUCAGGGAACUCAACCAAAGUUUACAAGAAGGCCAAGGAGAAGAAAGGCUGCAAGUGUGGCCGGGCCACACAAAAUCCAAGUGUUCUUACCUGCCGUGGCCAACGCUGUCCCUGUUACUCCACUCGCAAAGCCUGCUUGGACUGCAUAUGCCGAGGCUGCCAGAACUCCUACAUGGCUAAUGGUGAGAAGAAGUUAGAAGCGUUUGCUGUGCCAGAGAAGGCACUCGAGCAGACUCGGUUGACGCUGGGCAUCAACUACACGAGCAUAGCUGUCAGGAACGUUGGAGCGAAUGCAGGUGUGCUCAGUCUUUCAGCUGACUCGCCCAUAACGUCUUUUCUUGUUGCCAGCUCCCAUGAUGGAUCACAACAUCGAAAGAAAAUUUAAGGGUGGUGUUUUGAGACUUACAUUGCAGUGAUAAAGACUCCUAAGGCAGCUAUGUUAUUGUGCUAGAUUGUCUUAAAUGAAAGUUUGCCAAAACAACUGCCUUGAAAAAAGUAUGGCUCCAAACACAGCAUCUAGUUUUAAACACAGUUUGUAGUUUGCAGUCACAAAGAACAUUGACUAGAUUACUGUGUGUCAUGUUUUGUGAGUAAUUAUAUGUGAAUCAGGUUCUUGGGGCACAAGUUUAUGUGAGGAGAUGGCAAUAUUUUGCAGAUAGGGCAGCAUAUGUUCUGUCUUUUGGCUGACACAUAGAUGUAUUUCUAAAUGAAGUCCAAAGUAAAACCUGUAGUAAUGUCCUAAUAUGACUUGCUUAUCAUCAAUAUGUUUUUCUUGGACAAAUGUCCGAAGUCAAAUACUUUCACCACAAAGCUUGUCGUGUGUGUUCAGAGGAGUUGUCGGUUUUAGAAGUGCAAAACCUCUUUAUGAAUUAAAGUUACAAUUUACCUUCCUCAUUCAUAGGUUCUGCACAUCAUCCUGUAAAGAUCCCCUAACCAUUAGCUGGCUUGUUGACUUGCUGCUCAAGGAAUGAGCACCAUUCUGACUUUUUUAUUUUUAAUCAUUAUUUUUUAUUAUUUAAAAGCUGAGCACUUCACAUGACCAUUAAUACAGCACUUAGUUUGAUUAGUUAUGCUCUUAGAUUUACUAUAGGCAUCAACACCGAUGGCAUCAACACUGACUUGUAGUCUCAUUACUCUCACCUUGUAUGGAAUCAUCAGGAUGGAAAAUGACAUUUUUGGUGGAAGUUAGUUGUUGUCUGAAUUAACUUAAACAUUACUUAACUGUAACCUCCCUUUGUGAGCUAUUUAUUUCUCCAGGACACCAUACAGGAGAUUGAGAACCUUAUGAUUUGACUUGAAGUCUUUCCUCUGAGGUGCCAUCUUCCUGUAUUUUUGUCCCUUACCAUGGUACAACCCUCUCUCUUUAAACAAAGAAUGAAUCAACUCUGUUCAUUCAAAUCCAAAUCCAUUUUUCAUCACAAUUCAUUUUUUAAAAACUCUUCAAUCAAGGGUCUUCAGGAAGUUAUGGAUCAGUGCUUAAACUGUAGCAUGAAAUUAUAUAAUAUAUUGAAUCAGCCUGAUCUGCUUCCAAGAGCACUCAGAAUUCCACAAUAAGAUGAUGUUUAAGAACAUGUUCAGGUAGUGUUGUUGAAUAAGCCAUAAAAGGUUAAAUGACUUGAUUUACUGUGUUGCUGAAAGUCAAAUUAUUAUUUUUCAUAAACCAUAAGAAGGCUCCCGUGAAUCCAUUCCCCUAUCAGCAGUACCCUUUCAACCCCCCAGUUCCUUGCACCAUACAUACCUCAGCAUGUUGUUUUGUUAUUAUUUACAUUGAUGUAUUUGUACUGUGGUUUGCUAUUUACCUGACCAAAACACAGUUGAAUCACUUAAAAAGGAAGAGAAACGACUCUUUCUGUUUACUGCCACAUUGUGCUGUAUCAACAUGUUUCUUUGCAGUGGAUGCAAUGCGUCAUUUAUUAUGAUAAAAAUGAUUUUAAAUACUUGAUAACACUAUUACUAGGACUCUUACCAAAUAUUGAAACAAAGUCUGUAUCAUGAAACACAGUAGUACAAACAUAGGCUGUUUGACUUGCUGUAGAAUGUAUCAGUUUGUUGAAUUUCUUUGUUUAUUUUUUGUGUUUUGUCAUGUUUUGAGCCUUGGUUGUUUACAUGAAAUGUGUUUGGUUUCUAGAUGUUUUUUUGUGUUUCCAGUUAAUGCGGGUUAAUUCACUGCCACAUUUGGAAAAUUGUAAUACAACAAUAAACAAUAGUUUUUUA